GCACUGCGGUAAAAAAAUAUAUAACGACAGACAGGGGGCGAGAAGUCUAUUAUUCGCAAUGCAACCCUGGGAGAAACAGCUCUUCUAGGCCUACAAAUCCAGGAUCAUUUGAUGGGUGGAAUAAUUUUUGCCACUCAAAAGAAUCAAUAAUAAUAAUCCAUCAGAAGGAACAGAUAGCCUACAUUUCCCCGGAAAAAGGACAGAUCGGCAUAAGGAGGCAAUUUUGUUCAGAAGGGACAACGUGAGGACAGUAAAAUGUGAGACAACGCAAAUGAUGAUUAUUUAAACCAAAUAGCGCAAUACCACAUUUACAGUGUUCCUAAAAAAAAAAAUAUAUAAUCGGUCAUUUCGGAGGAAGCAACUUCAGUCCCUACCAUUUCUUACUUUGCUCAAACAAAGUCUUUCUGGAUAACGUCUCAAAGGAAUAUCAUACUCUCAAGUGUUCAAAGAGACUGUUGGGAUAUUUUUUGAUAGCUUUUGGGGCUUCUCAGCCCUAGGAUCUGUACUAUCAUUGCUACAUUACACCCGAGGACAUGUCUGCUGUGCGGCUGCUGCUCCUGUCUCUGCUUUGUGCCCUCUUUGUGUCCCUGUGCCAUGGGGCCUGUUCAGAGGUGGACUCGGACACUGAGGCCGUUGCAGGCAAAGGGUUCAAACUGGGCUGCAUCUCCUGUAAGAUGAGGCCCGAGGUGGAGGCUUCUGCCACGGUCGACUGGUAUUUCAAGGCCAAAGGGGAAGCUGACUAUGCACAUAUAUAUAAUUACAAUGAGGAGGGCCCCCACAUUGUGGAUGAGCGCUUUGAGGACCGCGUGGACUGGAACGGCAGUAAGAGGAGCCAAGACAUACAGGAUGCGUCCAUCUACGUCUUCAAUGUCACCUUCAAUGACUCGGGCACCUACCGUUGCUUCUUCCACCGGCUCCUGACGUACGAGUUCUACGAAUACCAGACCGUUGUCAGCAAGCUUGUGCACCUGAAAGUGGUGGCUAAAGCCACCAGAGGGACAGCCUCCAUAGUCUCUGAGGUGAUGAUGUACGUGUCCAUCAUCGGGCUACAGGCUUGGCUCUACAUAGAGAUGGUAUACUGCUUCAGAAAGAUCUCAGCUGCAGGAGAGGAAGCAAUAAGAGAAAGCGCGAAUGCAGAAUAUUUAGCUAUUGCCUCGGAGAGUAAAGAUAACUGUGCAGGAGUGCAAGUGGCAGAAUAAAACAGUUAUAUCAUGAAAAAAACUGUUAUCAGCAAGUUAAAGGAUACGUAAACUCAAAGCAUAAACAAUGGAAAUGCAGCACAGCACAUAGUAGCCUACAAAAUUCAAGUAUCGGAGAGUGAUAUUUGCAAUGGGCACACAGCCAAACAAUGUAUGUGAUGGAUUCGACUUCCACUUUAUAUCCCUACUGCAGCGUGCUGGUGGCAAACUUUCCAGAGUCAAUUAUUUGAAAGAGUCAAUUCAUAGAGUAUAAAAGUCAAGUAAACAGUUUUAAGUAAGUGUAUAAGUAUUUUAUUUUUAUUUGAUUCAAGUGCUCUAAUGUUAGCUAGAUCUUCUAGUAGGCUGGUUCUGUUGUGGUAGAGUUAACUAAGGCCUGGGCCAUCCACCAAGCCAAUAACUCUAAUGUUGACUACAAUGAUAAACUAUUGGCUACAUAACUAUAAAACAUUGGUGAGCUUCCUUCCAUCCUAGAGGAAAGCUGAUCGUUUAUCAUUCUACAGUCCUACACCUGUCAAUCAACUGAUCAAAGCAGUCUACUGCAGGCUGCCUAUUGAUAAGGUGGUAACACAAGACCAUUCACGAGGUCUCUAACACACAGACAGGCUGCUGGUUCAGUGACCAUUCAGUACUUUUAGGGUGUGUUCAUUGUCAGCUGCAAAUAAUAGGCUACUUCAAUGUACAUGUAGGCCUAGUGUAAAAUGAUAUAGUAACUUGUGUUUAAAUGUAGCAAUUCAACAACAAAUGCCAUUUAGCCUGCACAUAUUGUACUGCAUGCCAUUGCCUUUUUGCUCCAGUGGUUUGCAAGUGAUUUCCAUUUUUGUAAUGGUUGUCAAUUCCUUUGGGUCUUCUUUUUCACUGUGCUCGUCUCUGUAUGUUCUGUGCAACUAUUUGCAAUGCAUCAGUGCAACAAUCGUAUCAUAACUGGCCAAAAGUAAUCACACCAAUGCACUUUCCCUCAAUUUUCCUCGACAUGAAUUUUCUAUGCUGUUGUAUGGCCUGUUUUACAUUCAGCGAUUAGCAAGAACAAUCAUGCUUCUUUCCCCGAAUAAACUAUUAGGCCUAGUAUUAAAAAAAUCAAAAUGUCUAUAGCUUUUAUAGACUAACUUUCACUGGGAUUUCACACGAAGAGGAAUGGCCUAUUUCGGAGAGGCUUGCAGCCUGUUGCGCACGGGAACAACUGGAAGAGAGAGGCUAUUGAUGUUUAGCCGGAAUAAAGAAGCGAAAUAUUAGCUAGAUAUUAGGCCAUUCACUAGCUAAAUAUUAAACUAUAGGCUAAAUAGUUACCUGUCAAAGUCCGAGAAAAAUAAAUUAACAAAUUAUGAUAUGGCAGAUCUGUAGUGCGUUCCAGCAGGCUGCGCUCCGUUGUCCCCAGGCACGCAAAGCUCCACUAUUGAUUAGUCCCAGGCCUACGUUUUUAAGACAAGAAAAUCAUUAUACCUGGCCUACAACAACGCAGUGCAAUGAGGGAUGAAUUAUUGUUAUUCAGUGAAUACGAAACUAUUGUCCGUGGGCUGUAAACUGCAGUGAUGUGGGCUAAUCUGAAUAACUGCGCACACAUGCCGAAAUAACUGCAUAGGUCAACAGCGUGGGCCUGAUUAUACAACCAUUUUGGAUCAAUUUGGGUCUAUCCUCAACAGUGUAUAAGGUCCAGAAAGAUACAUUAGCAGGCCACUCAUAUGGUGUAGACCUAUUUUGUCAGGAUGUAGCCCGGUGUUAAAAUAGGAGUAGCCUACUAUAAAUAUGGACUGCUCUUUUCCAUCUCCCCGCCCGUUAAUGCUGUAGCAUAUUUGACAUUCAGCAAGCAAGAGCAAGCAUGCAUCUAAACUCCAAUGGGCUAUUAGUAGGCUAAUGAAAAUACGUUUAAACAAGUGUCCAACAAGCUUUUGGCUUUUACUGGGACUCCACAACAUUUAAAAGGAAUAGCCGUGACAGCGGAGAGGCCAGAUGCAUAAUUUCGCAACAGAACAAUGAAGACAGACUGGCUCGACAUGUACCAUAUAGCUUAAGUUAGAAGCGUGUGCAUAUUAGACCAUAAUUCACAAGACCAAUGUUAGGCUUAAUACUGCAGUGCAUAUAUCCAGUCAAAGGGGGAAAAAAGUGUAUCAUUAAAAUAAAGCCUUGGUAGUUUACACUAUGUGUGCGCUCCCUCCCAGUACCCAGGUACGAUGCUCGAAAAGAUACCCUAUUGUUUCAGUUUUGUAGGGACAAGCAAUGUAUCCUGUAUAGGCUACAACAACACAAUGUAAUGAAGAAUGUUAUUGUUUUCAAGUGAGUAAAAACUCUAGUCUACGCUGUAAACGGCAGUGAAUAGCCUGCCAUUUGAAUAACCAUUAAAAACCUGGCAUUUAGAAUGUAUAUUCAUUUUGAAAUAAGCGCAUCCAGGUUGUCUGAUUGGGCAACCAUCUGGAUCAGUUAUGCUUUUUUCCAAGGCAGUUUAGCCUAAAAAGUCCAGGCACAUUAGCAGGACAGUAAUAUGGUGUAUUUUGUCAUUAUGUAUCAGCUAACAGAAACCUACUAUUAAAUGCAGGGAUUUCUAGUGGUGCACAUAUGAAUUGUGAUCAUGCAUGAAUGAGCAUGGAGGAAGUUGUAUCCAUAGUUUCGGCAUUUGGUUUCUGUGUUUUUAAAAAGUUUUCAAAAAUGAGGUGGAUAUCGUCAGCUAAUACACACUACUUUUGUGAGAAACAUAUAUAUACUUUUUUUUAAAUUUAUUUUUUUGAUUAUGGUUUUUCAGGGGUGCUUACACACAAAAGCAUGUUUCUAAUUCAAAUAAUUAAUCAUUGUGUGUCUUGCAUCAAGGUAUUUUUUUUCAGUUGUAAUGAUCGGUCUCUAAUGUACAUUUAUAUUAAGAGGUAUUGUUAGAGAAUUAAUCUGAUUGAAUGGCUAUCAAGAUAACUUUAUCACACACUGUAUUUCAGGUUUUUUUUCUCCCAAUGACUUGGGUGCAAUUUUCACAAGUAUGUGGUACAUUUUCACAACUCUAAUCACAAAAAUCAUGUUUCAAAACUCUAAGCACAUUUCCCAUUGACUGAGUACAACAAACAAAUUCAAAGUCACUAGUUCACUGCACCAAAUCACUCUUUCAAUUUGUAUACAUGUUCAAUCUAAGUAACUGUUUUUCAAAAUGCAAUAUUCACUUUGCUGUUGAUAUGAUUUUCUUGUUAUUUGUAAACAACACAAUUCACUUAAUCAUACUGCUCAAAACUGCUAAAUACUGAACCACAUUUUGUAUAUAAUUUUUCAGUGUUCAGCAGUUAUCAAACUACAUACGUUAACUAGGCACUACAUAAUUAUUGCCUAGUUAACGUAUGUAGUUUGAUAACUGCUGAACACUGAAAAAUGAUAUACAAAAUGUAUCAAUUUGACAUCAAUUUAUGGUGGAAGGUAAAACAAAUCAUAUGGAUACUACAUCAUCAUUUUUGCCCAUCAGCCAGUGUGCUUCAAUAGGACAACAUCGAAAAGAGUCAGUCUACAUGUACACCACCGUUCAAAAGUUUGGGGUCACUUGUGUUAGCUAAUCCAGGUUUAUAAUUUUAAAGGGCUAUUUGAUCAUUAGAAAACCCUUUUGCAACUAUGUUAGCACAGCUGAAAACUGUUGUUCUGUUUAAAGAAGCAAUAAAAAAACGGUCCUUCUUUAGACUAGUUGAGUAUCUGGAGCAUCAGCAUUUGUAGGUUCUAUUACAGGCUCAAAAUGGCCAGAAACAAAUAACUUUCUUCUGAAAUCCGUCAGUCUAUUCUUGUUCUGAGAAAUGAAGGCUAUUCCAUGGGAGAAAUUGCCAAGAAACUGAAGAUCUUGUUGUGCUGUGUACUACUCCGUUCACAGAACAGCGCAAACUGGCCCUAACCCGAAUAGAAAGAGGAGUGGGAGGCCCCGGUGCACAACUGAGCAAGAGGGCAAGUACAUUAGAGUGUCUAGUUUGAGAAGCAGAUGCCUCACAAGUCCUCGACUGGCAGCUUCAUAAAAUAGUCCCCACAAAACACCAGUCUCAACAUCAACAGUGAAGAGGCGACUCGGGAAUUCUGGCCUUCUAGGCAGAAUUCCUCUGACCAGUGUCUGUGUUCUUUUGCCCAUCUUAAUCUUUUAUUUUUACUGGCCAGUCUGAGAUAUUACUUUUUUCCUUGCAACUCUGCCUAGAAGGCCAGCAUCCCGGAAUCGCCUCUUCACUCUUCACUUUUGAACCUGUAAUCGAACCCGCAAAGGCUGAUGCUCCAGAUACUCAACUCGUCUAAAGAAGGCCAGUUUUAUUGCUUCUUUAAUCAGUACAGUUUUCAGCUGUAAUACCAUUAUUGCAAAAGGGUUUUCUAAUGACCAAUUAGCCUUUUAAAAAGAUAAACUUGGAUUAGCUAACAACGUGCCGUUGGAACACAGGAGUGAUGGUGGCUGAUAAUGGGCCUCUGGUUCGCCUAUGUAGAUAUUCCAACUACAAUAGUAAUUUACAACAUUAACAAUGUCUACACUGUAUUUCUGAUCAAUUUGAUGUUAUUUUAAUGGACAAAAAAAUGUGCUUUUCUUUCAAAAACAAGGACAUUUCUAAGUGACCCCAAACUUUUGAACGGUAGUGUAUGUGCUACCAUUUGGAAUUAUACUGCUGUGUACAAUGCACUGCUGAAAUACAUAGGUCUAGGUUGUAUAUAACAAUAGAUUCCACUCAUUAUCUGAAUUUCAUUGAGACACUGUAAGCUGAUGAAUUUCAAGCAGAGAGAGAGGUGAUACUGUAUCAGUUGACAAGUCCCGUAGAAAAGGUGAUCUUGUGCAAUGUUGCAUGGGGUAGUGCUAUGUUUUUACAACAGCCAACUGCUUUACAAUAUCCCUAUUUCUGAUGAUUUGUCCUACGUACAUUAUCUAUACAAAAGUAUGUGGACACCCCUUCAAAUGAGUGGAUUCUGACAUUUCAGCCACACCCUAUGCUGCCAGGUGUAUUACAUCAGGCACACAGCCAUGAAAUCUCCAUAGACAAACAAUGGCAGUAGAAUAGCCUUACUGAAGAGCUUAGUGACUUUCAACAUGGCACCACCAUAGGAUGCCACCUUUCCACCAAGUCAGUUCGUUAAAUUUCUGUCCUGCUAGAGCUGAAUCCUGUCAAUUGUAAGUGCUGUUGUUGUAAAGAGGAAACGUCUAGGAGCAACAACGGCUCAGCCACGAAGUGGUAGGCCUCAAGCUCACAGAAUGGGACCAGCAAGUGCUGAAGCGCGUAGUGCGUAGAAAUUGUCUGUCCUUGUUUGCAACACUCACUACCAAUUUCCAAACUGCCUCUUAAAGCAACGUCAGCACAAUAACUGUUUGUCGGGAGCUUCAUGAAAAGGGUUUCCAUGGCUAAGCAGCCACACACAAGCCUAAGAUCACCAUGCGCAAUGCCAAGCGACGGCUGGAGUGGUGUAAAGCUCGCCGCCAUUGGACUCUGGAGCAGUGGAAAAGCUUUCUCUGGAGUGAUGAAUCACGCUUCCCCAUCUGACUGUCCGACGGACUAAUCUGGGUUUGGCGGAUGCCAGGAGAACUCUACCUGCUCCAAUGCAUAGUGCCAACUGUAAAGUUUGGUGGAGGAGGAUGGUCUGGGGCUGUUUUUCAUGGUUCGGGCUAGGCCCCUUAGUUCCAGUGAAGGGAAAUCUUAGCGCUACAGCAUACAAUGUCAUUCUAGACCAUUCUGUGCUUCCAACUUUGUGGCAACAGUUUGGGGAAGGCCCUUUCCUCUUUUAGCAUGACAAUGCCCCUGUGCACAAAGCGAGAUCCAUACAGAAAUGGUUUGUUGAGAUUGGUGUGGAAGAACUUCACUGAACUGCACAAAGCCCUGACCUCAACCCCAUCGAACAUCUUUUGGAUGAAUUGGAACGCUGACUGCGAGCCAGGCCUAAUCGCCCAACAUCAGUGCCAGACCUCACUAGUGGAGGCUGUUAUAGCAGCAAAGUGGGUACCAACUUCAUAUUUAUGCACAUGCUUUUGCAAUGAGAUGUUUGACGAGCGAGCAGGUGUCCACAUACCUUUGGUCAUGUAGUGUAUGUAUGUAAUGAAACUGUAAGACUGACAUAGUUCUCAACAUGCUCACAACGUGCCAUUGAAUACAAAUAAUUUAAAAAUGUUACAUGUCAAGUUAUAGUCAAACUGCAUGGAAAAUCAUAUUUACCAUUUCACUCUAUUCAUCACCUUAAAAACAACUGUUUUGACAUUUGUAUCUUGUAUUAUUUGCUAAUGGAUUUAAUAGUAGUUAAAAUGACUAAAUAGUGAACAUUAUCUGAGGUAUUGCUGACUAAGCAAGUAUUAGUAUUUCAUAGAACUUUUUGCAUGAAUGACUCAGGGGCGAAAGACCCCAAUGAAUGCACAAUCAAAGGUUCUGAACAUAAGAUAGGGGGUAGUACAAGUGUUGUCAAUUUAGAGUCUUGUACUUAAGUUUGGAAAAUUCACCACAUGCUUAUGAAAAUAGUACCAAAGCGAUUAAAGAAAACGUAAAUCAAUCCAUCCACUCCACCUGUUGUAUGUCUUAUAAAUUAUGCACAAUCAUCAUGAAAUGUACUAAGCUUCAAAAGGUAUUUAUAAUAGAAUGUGAUCGACUAUGAUGUCUUCUCAGUUAAUUUGGUCUUGCUAAAUGUAAAUGUAAUGAAUACAUAGGCCUACAAUGUACAAUGUUAUGUGAUUAUAAUGACAAAUAAAAUCAUAAAAUCAA